AUGGAAGAAGAUCAUUUAGUCACUGUAAUAGGAGAAAAAAAAAAUAAUGAAGAAAGCAAACAAAAGGUUCCAGAAAAUUAUAAGCAUAAUACUAGAGUUAUCAAUAAUGGUUAUGGUGAUGGUGAUGUUGUUAACGUAUUGCAACCAAAGUCAUUAGCAAUCAACGAGAAAUCAAUUCUUGAUAAUAACCAUAAUAAUAAAAAUGGCAAUGUAGAGAAACCAAUUGUUAAUAAUAACGUUGAGAAAUCAAUUAUUAAACAAGAUAAUAAGAGUGUUGGUGAUUCGGCACAAAUUGAGUACCAACAAAUUGUGCCAUGUGAUAAUAAUGAAAAGGAUGUUAGUCGUGAUAUUAUUAAUUUGAUUAGAUGUAGGGAUCAAAGUUGGUGUUAUCAACACUCAAAAGAAAGAGUUCACCAUGCUGAUAAAUGUUUGUCACAACAUGGUAAAAAUACCAAUUAUAAAAAUGUUGAUUCUAAUAAAUCAUUUGAUAAUUACAGAGGAAAGUUAAAUUAUUAG